CGUUCUCCCUUCCUGGUGUGGAUUUUAUUUUGAAGGCCGAGCCGGAAGUGUCGCGGUGUUGAGUCGCGGUUUCCGGCAGAGAUGGACGCGCAGAAGGAAGCGCUGCACAGGAUCGUCUCCACGUUGGCCAAUAAGAACGCGGAGCUCCGUUCCUUCCUGGAGACGGUCGACGUCACGCUGUCCGGCCUGCAGGACGAGUCGUGGCAGGUGACAUCACAGCUGGAGGCGGAGCUGGAGCGGCUGCGUGCAGCCCUGGAGGAGAAGGGGGCGGAGCUACGAGGAGCCAUCAGGGAGGAGCAACACAGGAAGGAGGCGGAGCUCCAGCGGCAGCGUCUGGAGGCCGAGGCGGCUCUGGAACAUUCUGCUGAGGUGCUGCGGUUUGCUAACGAGGCGCUGAGCAUCGCUAACGAGGACGACUUCGUUAAGGCUGCACGGCAAAUCAAAGACCGGGUAACCAUGGCACCAGCAUUCCGCCUGACGACGCGGCCGGCAGCCAAUCAGAGCAUGGCUUGCUUCAUGACGGACUUCAGCCAGGAAGAGGCGGGGCUCCGGCGGCUUCACUUCCUGCCUGUCCCUCGGCCUCCGGAGGUGGACGCCUCUUCCUGCUUGGUGCGGGACAACGUCGUCACCGUUGCCUGGCGACCAGUUGCCGAUGGCGAUGGAGACGGCGAGCGAAUCGAGCGCUAUGAUCUGGAGUUCCGCAAAACAAACGACGACAGCGGCGAGAGGAGCGAUGCAUGCUGGGAGAGGAUCAGCAACAUCCGGGCGAACGAGUUCACCAUCACAGGUCUGAAAUUCGAUUCGCCGUUCAUCUCCGUUCGAGUUCGAGCGGCCAAUAAAGCAGCCGCCGGCGACUUCUGUCAGCCCGUUACCAUGGAAACGAGAGCGUUCUCGUUCGGCCUGGACGCGGCGAGCUCGCACCCGGAGCUGCAGGUGGACGGGGACACGGUCAGCUGGCAACCGCUCGGGGUCAAAGGUCACGACGGGCGACUGAGAGCCAAGGAGAGUGGGAGCAGCCGGAGCGCCACGCCAUCACCCAAUAAGACGGCAGCGAGCCGCGCAGCUCGAGAGCGAUUCGCUGGCGACUCGUACACCGUGCUGGGCGACCAGGAGAUGAGUGGCGGCUGUCACUACUGGGAGCUCCGCCCCCUGGCCGACUGGAAGUCCUUCUCGGUGGGCGUGGCUUACCGCUCCGCCCUGGGCCGCUUCGACCAAUUAGGGAAGAGCGCCGGCUCCUGGUGCCUGAGCGCCGGCCAAUGGCUGCAGAGCUCGCUGGCGGCCAAACACAACAACCGGUCGAAGGCUCUGGAUUGGCCGCUGCCGCAGCGAAUCGGAGUCUGCUGCGACUUCGACAACGGCUCUCUGUUGUUUGUGGAUGUCGAUCGCCCUCGGCUGCUUCACUCCUUCAGAGCGAGGUUCACUCAGCCGCUCGUUCCUGCGUUCACUGUUUGGGGUGGCGGCAUCACCGUGGCAACAGGCCUGCAGGUGCCGAGCUUCAUGGGAAACUUCCUGCCGACCAAUCGCAGCCUGACCAACCUGUCGCAGUAGAGCGGCCACUUCCUGUUUCCUGCUUCUCCCGGCCAAUAGACAUUCAGCUUUUCCUACUGGAUACUUCACUCAUGAAUAAAUAUUUAGAUUUAUAAGUACAUUUAUGAUAUAUUUGUACCUGUUAUGACAUUUAUAAUGAUAUAUUUAUAUGUUUAAUGAAGAUGCUGUUAAAUGUUUCCAUGGUGACUCGUCUGAUUGGCCAGUAGACGCUGGGCCUUUCUGAUUGGCUUAUUUGAGUUCUUGAAGAUGAUGAAAUGAUUUCAGUAAAGAUAUAAUAAGAUAUAAUCAUGUAAGUAUUUACUUUUAGAAUUACAUAAUUUGUAACCUAAUCACUCUCAAUCAUAUCAUCUUCAUUAUUAUCAUUAUUAUUAUUAUUAUUAAUAUGCAAAAUGUUAUUUUUUAUUAAAUGUGUUGUAUUGAGGAUGAUGAUGCUUACAUUUCCUAAAAUAUUACAUUUGUAAUUUUGAACUUAGUAAACUUUUUUUUUGUAAUUUUAAUGUUAUUGUCAGCCCCGCUAACAUAUUAAAUUAAACUCAAUUUAACUGAA